CUUAAUGGCGACCACAGCCUUCUGUUCUCCGAUCCCGUUCUGGUAAUUAAGUUUAUUGACCGUGUCGCUGUUUCUUUUGAUUAAGUCCUGUGACUGUUUAAAGUUUAAGAAAAAUUUAUUUCCCUCCUUUAAUUACUUUUCUAAAUUUCGUGCCCUGUAUACAAAGAAGUGUUUGUCCGAUUUGAUGCCGCCUCCCUCGACCUAACGGCCCACAUUCAACAGUUAGUAAGCCAUGAUGAUGGUUUGUUUGCCGAAGCAAGUUACGAUUUCCACAAUUAUUGGAGUUUUCCUGCCAAUUCUGCUGCAGCUUGGAGAGUCAGCCACCGCUGAUUGCCGCAGUUUUGUCGCUUAAACCCGAGUCAUCCAUACUAACUAAAAUCGCUAAGGACCGACCGAGUGUCUCAGUUCCGUUUUCGGUUGGACUUUCCACAAAUUAAACCAUCAUUAGUCGUGCGGCGAGCUCAUUAUGAAGAGACCUUUAGGCCAGAUUUCUGCGUCGACUGAGGAUAUUCAUAUGCAAGACAUUAACAGAAUGCCGAACAAGCGAGGUUCCGACGAGUUACUUACCCAAGGCAGCGUGAGCAACGGCAACGACCUGAGCCCUCAGAUGAACAACUUGGACAACAACAAUGACGCCAAGAAAGUAAAACUAGAGACGAAGCAACAACCGUCGACAACAAACCCCUCCAAAGUUAUUCACAUCCGCAACAUUCCAAAUGAAGUAACAGAGGCCGAGAUCAUUCAUCUGGGCAUUCCCUUCGGGCGAGUGACCAACGUCCUCGUCCUGAAAGGCAAGAACCAAGCCUUCCUAGAGAUGGGCGACGAAGCAGCCGCCAUCUCCAUGGUCCAAUACUUCACCAACUGCACUGCCCAGCUCCGAGACAGAGCCGUCUACGUCCAGUUCUCCAAUCACAAGGAGCUCAAAACAGACCAGACACACAGUAAUGCCUCCGCGUCGGCCCAAGCCGCUCUCCAAGCAGCGCAAGCUCUGUCCGGCUCGAGCGAAACCCAAGGUGGACCCAACACGGUUCUCCGCGUCAUCAUCGAACAAAUGGUGUACCCAAUAACCUUGGAAGUUCUAUACCAAAUUUUCUCACGGUACGGGAAGGUCCUCAAAAUCGUCACGUUCACUCGCAAUAACUCUUUUCAAGUCUUGAUCCAGUACCCAGACGUGGUCACUGCGCAGUCGGCCAAGCUUUCGCUCGAUGGGCAAAACGUUUACAAUUCCUGCUGCACGCUCCGGAUCGAGUACUCGAAGUUAACUAAUCUCAACGUCAAGUAUAACAAUGACAAGUCUCGCGACUACACUAAUCCAGGGCUUCCUAACGGCGAGGGUGGUUUGGAAAACGUUUUGCCCGACCAGCUUCUCCCGCAACUCCUCCUUGGCGGAGCUGCCUCCCCCAUCGCAUUGCAAGCUGCCAGGAGAUCCCUCACGCAAUCGGAUGGUCGUUUGGCCAGCACCCCCGGUGUCCUAUCGCCGUUCAGCUCGCUCGGGCUCAGCUCACCCCUGGCAGCAUCGUACGCCGGGUCGCCGGUGAGCGGUCUGCCAGUCGGGAGUUUCGGUCUUCCGACACUGGGAGCGACCGCCGGCCUGGGAACAGGAGCCCUGCAGCGACUCACAGCGCAAACGACCGGAACUUGCGUGCUGUUGAUCAGCAACCUCGACGAAGAAUCGGUAAAUCCUGAUGUUCUCUUCACACUGUUCGGCGUCUACGGCGACGUCCUGCGUGUGAAAAUCCUGUACAAUAAGAAAGAUAGCGCCCUGAUACAGAUGGCGGAGGCUAGCCAAGCGCACUUGGCGAUACAACACUUGGACAAGCUGAAGUUGUUCGGCAAGCAAAUGCGCGUGAUGCCAUCCAAGCACCAAGUUGUUCAAAUGCCCAAAGAAGGGCAGCCGGACACCGGUCUCACGAAAGACUACACGAACUCGCCACUGCACAGGUUUAAGAAGCGAGGGUCGAAAAACUAUCAAAACAUAUACCCACCGUCAUCGACGCUCCACCUGUCCAACAUUCCAGCGACGAUAUCCGAGGAAGAGAUCAAACACUUGUUCGAGUCGAAUGGUUUCACUGUGAAGGGAUUCAAAUUCUUCCCGAAAGACAGGAAGAUGGCUCUGAUUCAGCUGAAUUCCAUCGAGGACGCUGUUGGAGCCCUGAUCAAAAUGCACAACUACCAACUAAGUGAACAAAACCAUUUGCGAGUAUCUUUUUCAAAAUCAAAUAUCCAGUCAGACGGCUAUCAGUUCAAAGACGAUUAGUUUUCGGAGCGAUUACAAUCUCGGUGAGUGCUUGUGACAAAAUGCUUGAAUUCUUUGACCAUUGGUUAAAUCCACUAUCAGUAUCAAGGUUAUCUCUUAAUUAAGUAUAUUACCUUAUAGUAUUUUUUUAUCUUAUUUAUUGAUUAUUUUUAGGAUAUUUAUUUUUAUUUACUCCUGAUGGAUUCUUUACAAAUUGUUUUUAAGCAAGAUCAUUGUUUAUCAUGUUUUUAGAAACACAGUUGGUCAUAUUUGUUUCUUAAUUUUUCCCCUCUUUUUACUCUUUACUCCUGUCCAAUCAGCUAUGUAAUUACUUUUUCUCUUGACUAAGUUUGAAUUUUUGUAUAAAAUACCAGUUCUCUUAAUACUUUUCUUCAACUGAUUUUGUUAACUAUUACACUUUUUCUAUUUCUCUGUAGAGUUAUCUCUUUGCAAAUUGAUUUUCUAUUUAUUAAUCAAUUUUUAUUUACUUAUUUAAGCUUGUCUCUUGCAGUUUUCUCGAUUUUCUGUUUCCUCACCUCUCUAUUUUCAUUCAACUUUAAAGUCGAGUCACUUGCUGGUAAAUUGAUCAUUGUUUAUUCUCGGUUGCUUUUUAAAAUAAUCUUUUUCCAGUUCCCCUUUUUUGAGCCUGCGUGAGGUAUUCUUUUUUUGAGGUCCUUACUUCUGAGCAUUUCAAAGUCUUUGUCUCCCACUAAAAUCCAAGGCACUUUUGGAUUCAUGUGGAAUGAUAUUCCUCUCGUGAUAGUAUCUAGCGUGUUUUGUCCCUCUCUUUCCUUUGAAUUAUGGUCCAUAAUCAAUUCCACUUUCUUCGCACAACUCCAAGAAACAAACAAUACAAACACAAACUAAUGCAGUGUGUGGAGAACUAAUAAAUUGAAUGGUGUCACAAUCUCAUUCAAUCCACUGUACAUGAUUAUGUAUUAAAAAAACGCACAAAAACAAUUAACAAUAUCUCACUGACCAGGUCUCGAGUGGAAAUUUGAAGAAUGUAGUUUUAAAAAAAAUGUUGAUAUUGACAUGGGCAAGACUGCGUGCUUACCCUCACGAGAACUUUUGUAAAUAUUGUCGAUGAAUCAGUUGAUUUUGAAAACUGCAAGAACGGGUUUUUAUGUAUCUAAACUGUCAUUCAUUGUUUCUGCAUGAAAUGCUGUUACAUUGUCUCGCAUUGAUCUCUAGAUGCAUCCGCAGCAAAUCCUGAGUAAUGAUCUGUUUAGAAUGUUUAAGAUUUAAUUGAGGGGCUUGGAGAACAAGGCGCAUAAGUGCAGUCUUUGAAAAAAUUGAGAUACUUGUGAACUUGACUGAAA